CAAUACUUGGUCUUGAUUGCACUCUCCUUCUUAUUAUGCAUUUAGGAUGCUUUCGCCUUGAGUUGUGUUUGUUUGGUGCCUAUGGUAGCUUACAAUAUGCAAAUAAGUCUGGUAGCAGUAACUAAGCUGGGCAGUCACAUAAGACCUUUUUUUUCUUCUCGCUUCUUUCUCUUUACCCCUUGACUUUUGACAUGUUGAGAACAUUGGGGAAAAGAACUAUUGCUGUUUCUAAAUGCUUUGCUAAACCGAGAUCUUUCAUUGCGAGUAGACCGACAUGCAAAACCAUUUCUAAGAUCAAUUUGAGUGAACUUGUUUUAGAAACAGAAACUAAUACGCCUAUAAAACCGCUGGAAGCCAAAGAAAUCUCGACUGGUUCGGUUGUUCUUGAUACAGUACGGGAAUAUACUAAAAAGUACCCUCUUUGUGUGCUUCUGGUUCAGGUGGGCGAUUUCUAUGAGCUUUAUGAAUCGCACGCAAGCAGAUAUGCACCCCAAUUAGAUUUGAAGCUGACCAAGAAAACUAUUAAUGCUGGUAACGUGGUUGACUUUGCUGGAUUUCCUUUAAGGGCGCUAGAUAGAUAUCUUGAUAUACUUGUCAAUAGACUUCAAUGCAAGGUAGCUCUUUGUGAACAGUUCGGUUCUGUAUCAAGAGAUGAUAAAUCAAUAAUUGGGAUACAACGGAAGAUUACAAGAAUAAUUACACCUGGUACUGUGAUAGAAGAGCGAUUUUUGGAAUCCAAUCAAUAUAACUAUUUACUUUCCGUAUUUCCUAAUAAGGAUUCUACAAUUGGCCUAGCUUGGGUCGAUGUAUCUGUAGGGGAAUUUGUAAUGCAGCAGACUACAUUAAAUGCAUUAAAAGACGAUAUUGCAAGAAUCAGGCCAAGGGAAGUCAUUUUACCUGAAUCAAUGAAACCUUCUGAUGCUCUGCUGCAGCAAGGAUUAUUUGACCAAGAUGUAUAUGAUCCUGUGACCAAACUAAUUAUGGGUGAUUCAAGCAUAGCUAUUAGCUAUGAAGCCGAUAUACAGUAUAAUGCUGGUAGUGCGAUUAAAACCCUACAAAAUAUGUUUAAGAACGCAAAACUCGAAUUCAGUCAAGUGGAAUUAGCUGCAAGUAUGGCCUUGAUGAUGUAUGUCAAUGAAACUCAUAUCAAUAGGAAACCGAAAUGGCAAAAGCCAACCCGGUUCAGUAUGCAUGAUUCGGUUUGUAUUGACAGUGCGGCCAUGGCGUCACUUGAAAUUGUCAGGAGCUUACAAGGCAGAAGAACUGAUAGCCUAAUAGGAGUAUUAGACUGUACAUCAACAAGCGCCGGUUCAAGGUUGCUUACCCGCUGGCUAUCUUCUCCUUUGACUUCUAUCGAUGAAAUUAGAAAUAGGUUAGAUAUUGUGGAAUAUUUUAAAGAAAACACCUUUACUUUGGAUGGUGUACGAAAUCUUCUUCGUCAAAGCACUGAUGCACAAAGAGCAAUACAGAGACUAGCUUUAAAAAGGGGCCAGCAUUCCGAUUUAAUGGAAGUUUGGUAUACCUUAGAUGUAAUGAGAAACAUCCAUGAUCAAUUACAAGAUGCCGAAUCAGAAGCAACUCAAACCCUCUUAAUGACUAUGGAUCCCCAUAAAAAAUUAGCAGAUUAUAUUCGUGAUGCUUUUGAUCAUCAAAAAAUCCAGGCCAAGGACGUAAGGGACUACGGUUAUGUAAAUCAUAAAUUUCACCCUGCUCUCUCACAGCUCCAUAAUCAACUGGAUCAAUUGGAGACUCAACGAUUAAAUCUUCAGAACGAACUUCGCGCCUUAUGCGGUAACUCACUCUCCUUAAUGACAGAUGGCCCUUUUAAACACAUUAUUGAAGUCAGCACAAGAAAGGCAUCAAACCUAUUAGACAUGUAUCCUCAAGCGUUACUUAUUAAUCAAACAAAAAGCAGGAAGAGAUAUCAGGUAGAAGAGUGGACAGAUAUUUCAGUGCGUCUUACCACUGUACAAUCUCAGAUAAUAGAAAUCGAAAGUGAGGUAUUUGAUGAGGUCGUAGACAAACUUUUGGAUCAAAGCGCGACAAUUUUACAAAGUUGCAGAAAAUUGGCUCAAUUGGACGUGCUUACGUCUUUUUCGCAACUUGCUCGUCAAAAUGAUUAUGUACGUCCCCGUAUAACACGUGCAAAUAGAACAAUGAUUGUAGGUGGUCGACACCCUGUCGUCGAAGCUAAUUUGUCUCGAAAAGGUCAAACAUUUGUACCCAAUGACUGUGAUCUCGGUUCGGAUCAGCGAAUUUGGCUUUUAACUGGCCCUAACAUGGGAGGGAAAAGCACAUUUUUAAGGCAACAUGUGAUUAUUGUUUUAAUGGCACAUAUGGGCUGCUUUGUACCUGCCGAUCGAGCUUGGAUUGGUAUCACAGAUAGAAUAUUUAGUCGCGUUGGCGCAGCAGAUAAUUUAGCUCAGAAUCAGUCCACUUUUAUGGUUGAGAUGUCCGAAGUAUCUACUAUUCUCAGACAGGCUACUGCAAGAUCAACUGUCAUCAUGGAUGAAGUUGGCAGGGGUACUUCAACUAUAGAUGGAUUUUCGUUAGCCUUUGGUAUAUUAGAUUUUUUACACAGUCAAAUUAAGUGUCGUACAAUAUACGCAACUCAUUACCACGAAUUGGCUGAUACAAUGACCAGUUACGACAAUAUCAAGUUUUACCGAACUGGAAUAGAAGAAACCCCAUCAGGCGGGUUUCGUUUUAUACAUAAGGUUGAACCGGGUAUUUGCCGACAAUCUCAUGGAUUAAAGGUGGCACAUUUAGCUGGAAUACCAAAGCAGGUAAUUGAUAAAGCAGAGGGAAUGUGGAACUGCUUACAAAAAACACCCCCCCAUCAUUGUAACACGAUAUGAGAAUGUGGAACACCAAAAAAUUAAUAAUACGGCUUAAAAAAAGCACAUUAAUGUACCUCUCUUUGUGUGUAUUUUGGUGUUAUGUUCCUUCUUUGAACUACCAUGACCCCUCAUAUUAUUUUAAACAAGGAUUGCAUAAAUAACAAAUAUUAAACUCGUUCUAAUGCAGCACUUAUAAAA